CCAAGCAAAACAAGUAUAGCAAGCAAAGCCGGCCUGCACUGGGCUAGCACCUUAAGUGAUUUUUCGAGUCUCUGGACGGUGCGUAGCAGAAUGGAAACAUAACAUAACUGAAAAACACGUAUGAAGACAAAAACAACACACUAAAAAUCAAAUAAAUAUUGCUUUUUUGUUUAAACUCUUUUUCCAAAUCAUACGAAAGAGGUGUUUGAAGUACAACCAGAUUAAAAUCUGAAAAGAAAAAGUGCUUUCGUGUCACACAAAAAUACGACUACAGUUCAACGCAACAACAAAUUCCUAUACACCAAUACCAACUCCGCCAUCCAAUCAGAGCGGCCAGAAGCAGAAGUUGUUUGUACUUGUAGGAAAAUUCUAAAAAUACCCAUAAAACAGUAAACAGUAGAGAAGUAAAGGUAGAAAUAAAAAGCAGGUGCAUUCGGAAUCAAAUAGUAUUUUGUAAGUGGAAAAUGGCAGAUGAGCAACCAAAUCUUGUAGCUGGACAUCCACCAGCAGUCAAAGCGGGUGGCAUGCGCAUUGUGCAACACAAAGCUCCUAACGCAGAGCGUCCGGCCAAGGAUGCCGAAGAUUGCACUGGAUUGACGCAACCAGUUGCUGUCAACAGCAUGUCUGUGAGUGGUGCACCAGUUAAGGGUAAUAUCGAUUAUACGCCACAGGCGGCACAGGUGGCACAUUCACCCAAACCACCUUCGUUUGUUGCCCAGAAACCUCAAAUAAAUAUUCAACAACCGCGUAAAUGAGUGAUCGCUACGCGUUCCUGUCGUUCAAAGCCUCAGCAACAUCAAUCACAACAACAAAUACAACCACGACAAGAAAUUCAACCACAACAGGAACAGCAAACACAUUCCAAUUCUAAAGUGCAGAAUCAGAAGAAAGUUCAUUCACAGCGUCAACAAAAAAAGCGAGAUGCGUAAAAUACAAGAAUACAAUUUUUUUAUGGAUUAUCACAUUAUGAUGAAUAGAUAUUUACUAACUUUGUAAAACAAAAAAGAAUAAGCAUUUAGAUUUAUUGCUACACACUGAUGAGAAGUAGAAAACUAAUAUUACAGUAACUUUGGUGGCUUCAAAUUUAUGAAUUCAAGCAGUAUAAUUCCAUCAAAAUUUUAAGCUGUUACUUAAAUGCUUUUCAUCUCCACUAUUUUAUUCAAAUUAAGUUAUGUGAAGCACUUUCUUCUACAAUUUGCACCAAUUAAAUUGAACAUAUACAUACAUAUUGCGCCGAAUUCAACUAAGCAAAACUUUCAAUAUUAAAGGGAUUUAGUUUUAGUAAUAUAUACAGCUUUUUUUUUUUUAAUUAAUUUCAUUCCAGUUGCAAUAAUCUUCAAAUAAUUCUUUAAGCACCCAUUUUUGUAAAACAAAUACAAAUAAAAAAUGAUUUUUUAAAGUAUUGUCACGAAAUCUA